AUGGUAGAUAUUAAAACUUUAGUUGAAGGCAAACCAAUAUGGUCAAGUGACUAUGAAGAUAUAGUUCAGUCACCGUAUAAUUAUUUAGCACAACAACCUGGUAAGAAUUUCAGAUCAUUACUAGUUAAAACAUUUAAUCAAUUCUAUGGUCUUGAUGAAGAACAAAUAUUGUUGAUUGAUAAAUUAGUUGGAAUUUUACAUACUGCAAGCUUAUUAAUCGAUGAUAUUGAAGAUAAUUCAGUUAUUAGAAGAGGUAUGGAAACUGCACAUUUAAAAUAUGGUAUACCGAUGACAAUUAACUCUGCUAAUUAUAUGUAUUUUAAAGCUAUGGAAGUUCUCCAAGAUAUUUCAAAAUUACAUAUAAAGGAUUCACCGCAGAUUGAUCAUAAUGUAUUAUUGAAAGAAUUGAUGAUUAUAUUUAAUGAAGAAUUGAUAAAUUUACACAGAGGACAAGCAUUAGAUAUAUAUUGGAGAGAUACCUUCCCUGAAAUAAUACCUGAUGAAGAUAUGUAUUUUAAUAUGGUUAUGAAUAAAACAGGUGGAUUAUUCAGACUAGCGGUCAGAAUCAUGGAAACCUUGAAUGGAAAUUCAAAGGAUUCGAAAUCUUUGGUACCUUUGGCAAAUUUAUUGGGAAUUUUAUACCAAGUUAGAGAUGACUUACAAAAUUUAACAGAUCAAAAUAUGAUUGAAAAAAAAGGUUAUGCUGAGGAUAUAUCAGAAGGCAAACUUUCAUUUCCAAUUAUUCAUGGUGUCAAAUUUGAAUUAAAAGAAGGCAAAGACAGAAAAUUAGUAGACAUUAUUAAAUCGAAAACGAUGGACUUUGACAUUAAAAAAGAAGCAGUGGAUUAUCUAGAGAAUAAAAGUUAUUCAAUUGCAUACACUUCAGAGGCUAUCAAAAAUAUCUCUCAAAUGAUAAUGAAUGAUGGAUAUAUCCCUGAAGUGAAUGAAAAUUCUAAGAAAAAUAUCUUAAAUAUUGUCGAAUACCUUUCACGUACUUAG